GCUUUAAUUCGACCGGAACCGGAAACUCGAUAGGUAUUAUCAUAACAAAAAUGGAGGCGGAAUCUACCAACACACCUGCACCGGGCCACAAUGACUCGCCAGGUACACACAGACGAGCUGGCAAAAGCAUCGACAGACAAGCAUCGACAGUUCAACCUGUUCGGCACAUUAUGCAAGAACCGUUGACCUUUCUGAAACCGAAACAAGAACCAAGGGCUAGCGAUUGUGAUUAUUCCUGUGGUGUGUUCAACAAUGGAACUGGAGGAGACAUAAACCGUCAAUCAGACAAAGACGAUAGCUAUUUUCCUCGUCGCCACUUCCUCCAAACUAAUAUGUAUAGAACUGGUGCUGGAAACGAAUCCGAAACGACGGGACGUUUUGCAGAAACUAAUGUCACAAUGACUAGUAACGUACAGAAUAAUGAACAUCAUACUUUCACGGGGUCAGAUUUGAUGAGUACAAGAACAAACCAAGACUCUCAUUUAAACAAAAGAGAUCAAAGUGACAUGCAUGUUACAGAGAGAUCGCAAGCCGAUUUUCCUGUACCUGAUCUAAGAAGCGCAGAGAGAGUAUCGGGGAAUACAGAGAUACCCUCUUCCUCAUCACUCCCUGUUUUCCCAAACCAAAGGCCCCCUCCUUACCCAGUGUAUAUGUCGCAAGCAGCACCUCCAACUACAGAAGGAAUAGUAACACAUCAUACAACAGCACAUGUUCCUGCUUCCCAAAGCAGUUGGGAAACCCGACCUAAAGUUGAAGGUUACAACAAUAUGGGAUUCAACAGUAAUGUUUCGGAUUCAUCAAUGCAGUCACAAAUUCAGGAACUGGCAAGUUCUUUAGUUUCGAUGGCAGAUAAUAUGCCGAUGCCUACACCAUCUUCUAAUUCGGUCGGAUUUCCCAUGAGCACAGCAGAAGUAGGACAGGAUUCCCAGAAUGUCAUGUAUAUGAUGCCUGGUGGCAUGCCCGAUGUCAAGAAGAGGAGAGAACUAUCACUGAAAACUAAAGUAGACAUAAUAAACAACGCAGAAGGAAGUGGAAUGAGUCAACGACAGCUUGCUGCUCAGUUCAAUAUAUGUAAAAGUCAAGUACACAAUAUUUUAAAGAGGAAAGAAGAGAUCAAAGAAACAUAUGAAAUAUCACCAGGAUCUGACAGAAAGAGGCGAUUUAUAAGGACAGAGAAUGACGAAAUUAAUAUAAUGACUUUGGAGUGGUACCACCGUUUAAAACAACAGAAUGUGAAGUGUGUGACAGGGAAAAUGUUACAGUGUAAGGCAAGAGAAAUUGCUCAACAACUCGGCAAAACAGAAUUCAAAGCUUCCAAUGGAUGGCUUGAGAGCUUCAGAAAGAGACACAAAAUCGGACCAUGUAACAAUAUAAACAAAGUGAAUACCCCAAAGUUUGAUUUUACGUAUAGUGGCAUGGCAAGUAAUGGAUUUUUCAAGAGUGCAAUAAAUAAUCCUGAACUGUGGAACACAUAUCAUUCCCAACCUGUUCCUAAGGAGUCUAUAGAGGAUUCCAGAUCCAGUCCUCAGUCUGACGAGGAAGUAACGUCCCAGAACUUAUACAGCUACAAUUUCAACAUGAUGUUACAAAACAGAAAUAACAAUAAUAAUGAAGGAGAAACGGAGGACGACAGAGUGGAUAGAUUUGAUGUUGAUUAUAAUGCAAACGAAGACGAAAUCUACCCAUACACUGACACAAAUGAUGGUGCAACACACAGGAUAGAGACGGACAGCUUUGGCAAGCUUGAGGUGCCCGCCAACAAAUACUAUGGGGCAAACACUGCCAGAUCACUGAUGAACUUUGAUAUUGGUGGGCCAAGCGAACAGAUGCCGAUCCCGAUCAUCCAUGCCUUCGGUGUACUGAAGAGAUGUGCCGCUGAGGUCAAUCAAGACUAUGGCCUUGACCCCACGAUUGCCAAAAAUAUCAUGAUAGCUGCUGAAGAGGUGGUGAAGGGGAAGUUAGACACUCACUUUCCCCUGGUGGUGUGGCAGACUGGCUCGGGUACACAGACCAACAUGAAUGUCAACGAGGUCAUCAGUAAUCGUGCCAUAGAAAUUAUGGGUGGUCAGCUAGGCAGCAAGACUCCUGUCCACCCAAAUGACCAUGUCAACAUGAGCCAGAGUUCCAAUGACACCUUCCCUACUGCCAUGCACAUAGCUGUUGCUAUGGAGGUAAACCAUAGACUGUUGCCAGGGAUGGAGAAACUAAGGGCCUCCUUAGCUGCUAAGUGUGAGGACUUCACAGAGAGAAAAAUCGUCAAAAUAGGACGGACGCAUUUGCAGGAUGCCACCCCUCUGACACUGGGCCAGGAGUUCAGUGGCUAUGUCCAACAGAUGGAGUAUGGUAUUGAGAGAGUGAAGGACACCCUACCAAGACUUUACAAACUGGCAGCAGGUGGUACGGCUGUAGGAACUGGACUUAAUACUCGUAUAGGGUUUGCAGAGAGUAUAGCAGAGAAGGUGGCGAGUUACACUGGAAUACCUUUUGUGACGGCUCCAAAUAAGUUUGAGGCUCUGGCAGCUCAUGAUGCAUUAGUGGAGGUGCAUGGGGCCCUUAACACAGUAUCGUGUAGUCUGAUGAAGAUUGCCAAUGAUAUCAGGAUGCUUGGUUCAGGGCCCCGAUGUGGUAUUGGAGAGUUGAUAUUGCCCGAGAAUGAACCAGGCAGCAGUAUUAUGCCAGGAAAAGUGAAUCCUACACAGUGUGAGGCAGUAACCAUGGUAGCAGCCCAGGUAAUGGGUAAUCAUGUCGCCGUUACUGUGGGAGGCAGUAACGGCCAUUUUGAAUUGAAUGUGUUUAAACCCAUGAUGGUGAGGAAUGUUUUACAGUCUGUGAGACUUAUUGGUGAUUCCUGCUUGUCAUUCUCCAAAAACUGUAUUGUGGGCAUCGUAGCCAACGAGGAGAAACUGACCAAAAACCUAAAUGAUUCUCUCAUGUUAGUGACGGCUUUAAAUCCACAUAUUGGAUAUGACAAUGCUUCUCAGAUCGCAAAAUUAGCCCACAAAGAAGGCUUGACCUUGAAGCAAGCAGCAUUAAAACUGGAACUUGUUCCCGAGGACAAGUUUGACGAGUGGGUUAGACCAGAGAAAAUGUUAGGACCAAAGUAGAUCUGAACGGUGACAAGUUUGGCCCUGUGGAUGUGCAUCUUUCUUUGUUGGUUUUGGUAUCUUGAUCUCCUAAUGUAACGUUGGGAGAUGUUUGUAUAAAAGAAGGUGAUCUGUAGAUAUGGUUUGGAAUCUCUGUAAAUCUUUGUCUUUGUGGUAAGUUAGAUCUGAGCAAUGGUAAAUUAAAAAAUCAUGCUACAUGUCCUUUUUUUCUAACUUUUAUGUGAUUAAUAUCACUUGUUAUCAUUGAUUAUAUUUAAUUGCUCUUCCUGGAGUAUAUACAGUAUAUAUUUGGAGAUUCAGAGAAAUGGGAGGCAGGGAGGCACUCUUUUGCGACCAGACCCCUUUUCCUCACCAAUGUUUGUGUUUUUCCUCUCAAGCUAGGAGUGUGUGUAGAUGUAUAUAAUAUGUCAAACGUGAUACUAUUUUGGGGGUGAUUUCUCUUGGAGAACCCCCUAUCUCUCUCAUGUAAAAAUGGUGACAUGCUCCUUACAAAGAGUGUACUUGGUGCUUAUAUCAUAACUUCUGGAUUCUGGAUGAAAUGUUGAAUUAUGAGGAUGACAAAUAAACAGAAAACU